UGAGCGUCAUCGUCGUCUUGCUCGCCAGUGCCACUCAGCUUCCCCAAUCCCCAUGACCCUUGACGUGCUUCUGGUGCAUCGGGAUGAUAGGAUCCCGUUCUACCUCGCCCCUUUCUCGCAGGGAGUGGGAAGAACAUAGCGGCCUAGAGAGACCCUUCACUACUAGGACGCACUACCCGAUGGAUCGGAGCAAGCCCGGGAACAUACUGAGCACAGGACCGCAGGUGUGGCGCCUAGAAUUUACGCUUCUAUUACUCACUUUCCCUGUAACUGCAGCAACUAUUCGUCUACGAGCGCUGAUCCACUGCCAUAUUCGCACGAGGUGGUGGGUUACGCCCUGGUCAUUCGCCUAUAUGAUUAUUCUUUUUUUCCCUUCCGUCUACUCAUGGAACACCACCAGGCUCGGGCUGGCGAAACACCAACGUAAACCCAUUGCCUGUGCUUUGUUCAUAGCAGUCUAUUCCUUACGGACUGGCCGACCUUACCGCGCCUGCUUGAACGGCGGCGGUUUCUGGACGGCAAGCUACCAUUCAAUCGAGUUGAGUAACCUGGCCAUCGCUGCUAUCAGUCACUCUAUCACCGUUCUCGAGUGUUCCCUGCGCUCGGAACAUGAAACUUGAACACGAAGCGGAGGCCCGAUCCCUCUUGUGUGUGUAAUGCCAUCGCGUGACUUCGUACAGAAGUGCAUGUUCAGCGGGAAAGCGUCUGCGUUGAGGGGAGUCAAGUUUAGCUACUCCGUCGAUUUCGCCUGCUCCCCCGAGUCUCUCAGGACAUCUCCAAGGAGCUGACCGUAGCUACGUGCCUGUCUGAUUCCUUCCUAUUCUCUCUCGUUGGAGUACUUUGCGGCAAGAGGCGGCAGUUGCCGCUGGC